CUGUGCACUAUAUACAGUCUCCUCUAUAUUACACACUGUGCACUCUAUACAGUCUCCUCUAUAUUACACUGUGCUCAGGAGAACAUCAUGGAUUUCUUCAGUAAGAUCUUUAGGUCCAGCAGCAGAAGGAGCCCGGGCCCCUCCAUUCAGAAAUCCAAGGUGGACGAAUUCGACCCCCACGACACCAUCGACUUCGAUACACCAAGACCUGAUGUGGGAGAUGUGAAGUGCGUGACGGUCCUGAUGGUGGGCGCUGGGAGCCGCGGGAUGUGCUACGCCUACUAUGCUGUCAACUUCCCCAAGAGAAUGAAGGUUGUUGGAGCUGUAGAUCCUCGAUCUUGUACCAAAGACACCCUAAAGAUGAUGUUUACUAUAGAUGAAGAUAAGUUUUUUGAUGACUGGAGAGAAGCCGCAAAACUCGACAAAUUUGCCGAUGCGGUGAUAAUCGCCACCCCGGACAGGCUCCAUAAGGACCCAGCGAUAGCGUUCGCGCAGAAAGGAUAUCACAUUCUCCUGGAGAAGCCGAUGGCGGUCACCCCUGAGGACUGUCAUGAAAUAGUUAAUGCCUGUAAAGAAAAUGAUGUCAUGCUCGCGGUGGGACAUGUGAUGCGAUACCAUCCAGUUUCCAGGAAAAUCAAGGAUUUGUUGGAUUCUGGUGUCAUCGGAGACGUCGUUCACAUCCAGCACAUGGAGCCGGUUGGAUUCUGGCAUUUUGCUCACUCAUUUGUGCGAGGCAACUGGAGAAACGAAGAAGAGAGCACGUUUUCUCUGCUGGCAAAGUCCUGCCAUGACAUUGACCUGAUCUGUUACUGGAUGGGCGAUCGCAGAUGUGUAAAAGUGUCGUCCUUUGGGACCCUGUCUCACUUUACUAAAGAAAACAAGAACCCACAAAUCCAUCCCGAGGGGGUUCAGAUGGACGCUGUCAGCGUCCAUAAAAUCCCAGGAAGGAGUCUCCAACUCCCUGUGGCGCACAACCAGGCCCCCGUUCCGCGACAUGAAACGACCCACCACCCGACCACGACCACCGCCCACCACGGACGACCGAACGCGCCUCCCUCCACUUGA